AUGAACUGGAAAUAUGUUACGAAUAUAUUAAGACAUAUUGUGCCAAACGCUUCAAAAAGUGAUAUCGUUAAAAUUGGGAACAAGUAUGAAAACUGGACGAAACAACAACUGAUUGAUAGACUGCAAGCUUUGGAGACAUUAUCAAAUAGCAAUAUAACUGCAGAAUAUCAUAGCCAAAAUUCAGAUAUAAAAAAAGAUAAUUUAACUAUACAAAGGAAAAAGCAUCCUAAAGAAUUUAACUUCGAAAAGUAUCACAAAAGACAUGUUGCUUUAAAGUUCUGUUACCUUGGCUGGGAUUAUAAUGGUCUUGCGCUACAAAAAGAUAAGACACCGCUGCCUACUAUAGAGGGUAUACUUCUAGAAGCAAUGAAAAAAUGUAAGUUUAUCCCUUCAAUGAAUCCGAAAGAUUUUAAAUUUAGUCGUUGUGGCAGGACAGAUAAAGGAGUAAGUGCUCUUAAUCAAAUUAUAUCUCUUGAUAUGAGAUCUGAAUUACCACCAGCAGAACAAGUUGAUGCAAAUUUUGAUCACAAGGAAAUUAACUAUACUGCUAUUCUUAAUCAAAUAUUACCUCCUGCCAUUCGAAUUACAGCCGUUUGUUUAAAUCCACCGAAAGAUUUUGAUGCAAGGUUCAAUUGUAUUUCUCGUCAUUAUAAGUAUUUCUUUAAGUUGGAUAACCUAGAUAUUACAUUAAUGAGAGAAGCAGCUAAACAUUUUGAGGGAGAAAACGAUUUCAGGAAUUUCUGUAAGUUGGAUGGCUCAAAACAAAUUAAAAAUUAUGAAAGGACAAUCUUUAGCUUUGAUAUAUCGAAGGUUAAAGAAGAUAUAUAUUGUUUUGAUAUAAUAGCAUCAGCAUUUUUGUGGCAUCAAGUAAGGUAUAUGGUUGCAAUUUUAUUCUUAGUUGGCCAGAAAUUGGAACCUUCAUCGAUAGUAAAGGAUCUCCUAGAUGUAAAUAAAUAUCCUAGAAAGCCAAUUUAUGACAUGGCAGCAGAUUUUCCAUUAGUUCUUUACGAUUGUAAUUAUUCGGAUAUGAAAUGGAUUAAAAGCAAUAUAAAUGACUAUAAAGCAAUUAAAUUUAGAAAAAGUCUCGAAGCAAUAGAUUAUCAAUUACAAAUAAAAGCGACUAUCGCGUCUAUCUUUUUGGAGGAACUGAAAGAAGUUGAUAAUAAUACUUCUAACAAAACUCGAAUUUGUACGGGAGACGGACAUGGCAAUUUCACAAGCAUUUAUUCUAAAAUAGAAGACAGACUAACUAUGCGAUCAUUUGAAGAGAUCAAUGAGAACUAUAGAAAAAAACACUUAGAAUAA